AUGAGUCUGCUCCAGAGCCUGUUCUGUUCCAUGAGUUCGCUCCAGAGCCUGCUUCAGCCCAUGAGUCUGCUCCAGAGCUCGCCCCAGUCUAUGAGUUUGAUCCAGAGCCAGUUCCAGUUUGUAAGUUCACUCCAGAACCCACUCAAGUCUACGAGUUCACUCCCGAGCCUGCUCCAGUCUAUGAAUCAGUUCCUGAGCCCACUCAAGUCUACGAGUUCAUUCCAGAGUUUACUCCCAUCUAUGAUUCUGCUCCAGAGCCCACUCAAGUCUGAGUUUUUUCCAGAGCUCACUCCAGUCUAUGGGUCCACUCCAGAGUCAGUUCUGGUCUAUACGAGUUCAUUCGUCAUGUUCGAUUCCGCUCCAGAAUCCGCUGCAGUCCAGGAGUCCACUCAAGUUUUUGAAUUCACUUCCGAUCUCGUUCCUGUCCAGGAGUCUGCUCCUAAGACACCUCCAGUUGCUCCCGAGGUGGCGGCUUUUGCUGCAGAACCUCCCGAAGCGGCGGCCGAUUCAGCUCCCCUCUGGGCGAUGGCACCCACUCCUAAAAUCUCAGUCUGCCCCAACACGAUCAGAGAGGUCGUACCGGCACUUCCUGUUUGCUUCAUGAUCGCAGAGGCUUGCCUGGUCUAGCCAUGCUUGCUCUGACAGAUCUGCCCUGGGGGUCUUCGAUUUUGU